AUGGCGCGGGCCGGGGCCGACGCGCUCCCACCUCUGGGACCGGGGGAGAGUGGCGGGCGCGGGGCCGGGGGCUCGCGAGUGGAGCGAGAGGGCGAGGGAGUUGGAGGAGAGCGGCGGGGGGAGGAGACGCGGGGCGAAAAGUGGAGCUGGGCCUCGCGCGUCAGGCAACGGUCCCCGGUGCCAGGAGCCCGGCCGGGGGAGGAGGAGGAGGCGGAGGGCGUGGAGGAGAGGAGGCGCGGGCCGGUGGGCUCCGGGCUCCGCGGGGCGGCGGACGGGGUUGCGCUGGCCGGCGGCGGGACAGGGACGCGGGGAAGGAGGAGAAGGUGGCAGGCGCCGCGGGGGCCGCGGAGGGCGUGGGCGGCGGCGGGCGCUCGCUGCGCGCUGCUCGGGCUGCCCGGCGCCGGUCCGCUCUCCCGGCUCGGCUCGGCUCACUCUGCCCUCGGCCGCGCGGCUGUGCCCUCCUCAGCUCCGCCGCUGAUUGACUGGCCGGCGUGCGCGGCGACGCUCGGCAAACUUGGCCCAGCGGGCGGCACUCAGGGGGAGGGGGCGGGCGGCGGGGGCGGGGGGGGGCCGGAGACGGGCGGGAGCACGCAGGGCCGGGACGGGAGAAAACCUGGAAGCGGGCUGGGAUCCGGAGCGGCCAAAUCCACUUCCUAG